UCGCUGCAAGCAAAUUCGUUCCUACAACAAGAAACCCUCUUCCAGUUUUUCAUCUUCAUCAUCAAUGGCUUCCCUCACAACCCUUCCAACUGCCACCUCCUUCUUCUUCAAGAAGCAUCUGGUGACAGAACUGCCACCUCCUUCCAAACUGCCUAGCCUCAUUUCUUCUACUAGCUUCACUGCUCUCACCCCUCUCUCGGCCAAAAGUGAGGCCACCGGUACUAUUCUUUCUCAAGAAUCUGAAUCUGAUUCCGGCUCAGAUUUUGAGGCUGAAACACUGGCAUCUUGCUUUGAUAAUAUCUCCAACCCAAGCACUCUUCCCUAUGCGAACCCUUUCCUGAAAGCUGGAAACAGGAACAUUCUUGAGCUGCAGAGUGAUGAAGAAGCCGCUAGAAUCAGGGUUGACAUGCCAGGAGUGGAAAAAGAUGGUGUGAAAAUAUGGUUCGAGAAUGGCGACCUCAAAAUAGAAGGCGUUGAAGUGGCUGUCGGAGGUGGUACUGAUGGUGGGAUGGACGAGGAGGCCAGGAAAUAUGCUAUUACGGUCAAGAUUUUUGAGCCAGAGAUGCUGAAGAAAGAUGAAGCUACUGCUGUGAUGAAGAACGGAGUGCUGAAGAUGGUGAUUCCUAAGCUCAAAUUUGAGGAGAGGAAGGACAUUUUGCACAUUAACGCAGCUUGAAAGUGGAUGAGCACUUGUCUUCUUGGCGUCCCAUUUCUAACUUCUAAUAGCGCUUCAUAUCUUUUUUUUUUCCCACCUUUUAAAGUUCUAUUUUCUGUUUCUAGAUCUACAGUAUGUAUAGAUAGGGAGAUGUUAAGGUCAGUUCUUGAACCCUUUUGCUGACUCAUUAGUUUCAUCCUUUUUUGAGUCUGGGAUCAAUUACGUUGUUAAUGAUCAUAGAUUAUGACAUCACUGUGUUGAAAAUCUUUUG